AUGACGAAGAAACGCAAGGAUAAUCGUUACGUUUACAUUACUGAGCGUACAAAGUAUCUCCAUCACACCAUUCCUCCAAUCGACACCGUGGUCGAAGAAGAUAAAAUACGUAAGAAUCUUAUAUUAGCGAAAGAGGCUGGCAACUGGAAGCUAGAGGCCCAGGCGUUGAUGCAGCUCGGUCAGAUAUUGAAGUGGCGAGGUCAAGAAGAACAGGGCAAAGCAUACCAGAUCCAAGCUUCUUCAGUUUUACGGGCACACACGUUCGCAGCAGACAAUGAAUACAACUAA